AUGGUGGUUGGCAAGAACAAGCACCUUACAAAAGGCAGCAAAAAGGGAGCCAAGAAGAAAGUGAUGGAUCCAUUUUCUAAGAAAGAUUGGUAUAAUGUGAAAGCAGCUGCUACGUUCAAUAUAAGAAAUAUUGGAAAGACACUAGUCACCAGGACCCAAGGAACCAAAAUUGCAUCCGAUGGCCUCGAGGGUCGUGUGUUUGAAGUGAGUCUUGUUGAUUUGCAGAAUGAUUAAGUUGCAUUUAGAAAAUUCAAGCUGAUUACUGAAGAUGUUCAGGGCAAAAACUGCCUGACUAACUUCCAUGGCAUGGAUCUUAUUCGUGACAAAAUGUGUUCCAUGGUCAAAAAAUGGCAGACAAUGAUUGAAGCUCACGUUGAUGUUAAGACUACUCAUGGUUACUUGCUUUGUCUGUUCUGUAUUGGUUUUACUAAAAAAAGCAACAAUCAGAUACGGAAGACCUCUUAUGCUCAGCACCAACAGAUCCGCCAAAUCCAGAAGAUGAUGGAAAUCAUGACCCAAGAGGUGCAGACAAAUGACUUGAAAGAAGUGGUCAAUAAAUUGAUUCUAGACAGCAUU